UCAUUCUUUGGCGUAAACGGUACAACCCGAACGGGUCGACAGAAGAGGCGCAUGAAAGUUGACCGAGGCCAGUAAUCACUCCUCCGAAGGCCAAAGUCUUCUCUGGCGUCCAUGGAAGCUACAACCGGCGCGACCUUGUUCCUGGACAGCAGAUUGGCCUUCCCGCCGGGCAUCGCCACCGACGAGGUGCGGACGCUGUGCGUGGCCGGGAGGCGGCGAGCGGCGAGCAUCAGCUGGGCUCGCAGGCUGGUGGCAGCGGCGCUGGAGAAGCGCGCCGGAAACGGGGGGAAGAAGGCAGGCGAUGCGGUGCGCAACUCCAACUAUGUCGUGCCCCUGGACAAGGCGUCCUGCCUCACCCGCCCCCUUGCGGAGAUCCUCCGGGACCUCAACAAGCGAGUUCCCGACAAGAUCAUCCACACCGCCGACAAUUCCAUCCCUUGGUAUCACACUAACAGAAUGUUGAGCUUUUAUGCCCCAGGCUGGUGUGGAGAAGUUCGCGAUGUUACAUUCUCCAACAAUGGAAGUGUAACAGUGGUAUAUCGUGUUACAAUCCGAGGAUCAGAUGGAGAGGCAUACCGCGAGUCCACUGGAACAGUGUCUCUAAAUGAUGACCGCUUUGCAGAACCUGUUGCGGCAGCAGAAGAAAUAGCCUUCUGCAAAGCCUGUGCUCGCUUUGGUUUCGGCUUGUACCUGUACCAUGAAGACGAGAGCCUGUAGAGAGGAUUCUCCCUCCUUUUUCUCGUCUUCUACAACCUUAUCGUUACUUAUAUGGACUGUACCACCUUGAAAAUGUUAAAUCUAUGAAAACUUCGCUCGUGAAUAGGGCAUGCAUCUUCCAUUUGGUGUAAAUAUCAGAGCCUGGUACUACUAUGCAUCUCUUGUAGGCCCUCCUUUCCAACUUUAGUUCCAUAAGCUGUUUAACCGCCCGAGGCAAUGUUGAUGAGUUGAUGUUACAAGUUAAUUUCCCCACUGCAACAUAACAUUUUAAGUUUGUAAAAUGCUAUUUCGGAUUUUUCAGUUGCUUUCUCAUUCACAUUGUUUUAUGUUCA